AUGUCAAAAAUCAAAGUUACUGUACUUGCCACUCGAAAUAUGAGGCGCUCUGCACUCUCUUUUAAACAAGAAGAUGCUUCUCCUGAGGGUAACGAGGACGACGAUCUGUUCUCAGGCCUUGAUGUCAAGUCCACUGAACAAGUCAAAAACUCGGCAAUAGCGGCGUCGUCGUCAAGAUCGAUCGUUGACAGCCAAUCUCUUAUAACGAACUAUGUGAACAACUUUGAACCGUCAUUUGCAAGUGUGACGUUUGAUCUAGGCAGUGAUUCAAGCUCUGCCAACAAUAAACAGAACGAUGAAGAAUCUUCCGUUUUUGAUUUCAUACGGAGUUCAUCCUCUCGUAAAAAGAUAGCAUCGUUGGAUGAGUUCGAGGGUCUCGAAUUUAAAUCAUCGCACGGAGUAUUUGCUUUCCAAAUGAGUGAUUCAUCUAAUAAAUCAAAUGACUUGACGCGUUCUAUACUGGAACGACAAGGAUCGUGGAGUCAGCCUAUGAACCGAUCUAAAAAAGUUUCGUUGGACGAGCUCGAUUUAAAUUCCGCAACUCCCCCUAACACUAGUCCGACAGUGUUUUCUCCAAUACGAUCAAUUUCAUCGGGUUCAACGAAACUUGCAAGUGUACAAUCUGACAUCAAAGUGAUAGAAGCAGAGAUACUGCAAGUCUGUGAAAAUCAAUCCAGAUGUUUUCAGAGAAGAAAUAAAAUUUAUGAAAACUCUGUAGAGUUGUGGCGAGAAAUUGCGUCUUUGGAGAAGAUUCAGUCCGAAGCUCUGAAGAAUGAGGAUUAUUCGAAAGCCGAUACAUUAACUCAUGAAAUACAAAACAAAUACGCUUCUACGAAAAGAAAUCAACAGGCGCUGUCUAUUAUAGAACAGUCUUUGCGCGAGCUUAGGCAGAAGCACGUGAAUUUAUUUAAAAGCUUAGUUCAAGCUCAAAAGACAUUGGAAAAUUUUUAUGAAGCCGAAAAGGAUAAAACCAGGAAACGGCUGCAGCAACAUGUUGUUGAUGUCGAGGGUUUGAAUAAAACGGAAACAGCGCGGAUUAAUGAUUUACGUGAACAGCUAGAGAAAGAACAAAGUGAGGUAGUUUUUGACGCAGAUAUUUUAUCAAAGAAUGAAGCGGAACUGAACGAAAAGAUUGAAGAACACACUCGUAGCGAAGUAGCUGAAAGGGAUUCACUGUCAAAAAAGAGACAAGAAAUAAGGACGGAAAUUAGCGAUCUUCUUUUUCGAGUCGAACAAUUACGUUUUGAAGAGAAGAACUAUACAGUCAAAAUAGAAGAACUAGAUAAGAAAGUUGCUAGUAUAACCGAGCAGUUUCAGCCCGAAAAAGAAGAAAUUCUGAGAGAAAAAAGCGAGUUGGAUAAAAGAGAGAAGGAGUUAGAGAAAAAGAUGACGUCGGUAAACAGCACCGAAACUCAAUUACAGGAGAAACUUGAACGUUACAAACUGGAACAAGAAACUAUGGAAACAAACUUGAAAACAUUGGAGCUUCAGAUGGCAGACUUGGCUGUAAUUAUGAACAAAUUUGAAGACGAAUCGAUAGAGAUGACUAAACUCAUUGAUUAUUUCGAAAAUCGAGCAAAACGUGAUAGUGAAUGGGACAAGGAAAUUUUAAUUGCUCAGAAUGCCGUAGAUCAAUUGGACGAGCAAGUGAAAUUGUUGACUUCACGAGUCAUACAGGAUCAGCAAACGUAUUCAUCUGUUCAACAAGAUAUUGCUACUAUUGAUACACAAUUACCCGCGCUCGAAGAACAGAAAAAACUGGCUGUUGCCGGUAGAGAUUUUAGAGUUGCUGGACGCCUAUCCAGUCGGAUCAAAGAUUUGAAGUCUACACACGAAGAACGUGUAACCUUUUUGGUUGGCAAACGCGAGAGUCUAGAGAAAGAUCAAGAAGCACUUAGGGUUGCUAAAAAGAACCUAGAAGAGCAGAAUAAGAAGCUGGCUGAAGUGAAAAGAAAAACUGGUGCUGAACUGUAUGGAGAGCUAUCGGAAUCUCUAUUACAGCUUCGUUCUCGUUAUGAUAUGAUAAAACAAAAAGACUACAAGGAGUUGGAGGCUUUGCUGCAAAACGAGAUUAAAAAUCUCGAGUAUCGCAUUGAGCAUAUACAAAUGAGCCAUGGGUUAUCCGAGAGCAGUCAAGUUUCGGAAGGUGGACCGAAUACUCAGCCGAAAAGUCCGGAUACGGAAUCUGAGACAGUAGUGCUAGUGGAUAACGGCGUUAGAUUACAGCAAUUGGAGGCGGAAUUGGAGGAUGCGGUGAAAAAGGAAGACUACGAUCUCGCAGAUCAGAUAGAAACAACAAUUAAAACAAUUCGGAAUAGUAUUUCGCACCAAUAA